UGGAGUGGUUUGGUUGUGGUGGUGAAAAUCUCUCUUGGUGUGGUCUGAGCCUUAGGUAGCUUGUGUAGUUGUGAGUGGGUCGUUCUUGAUUGUGUAUCGGGUGUGGGUUUCUUUGAAAUAAAUUAGAGAGAGCAAAAAUUUAAGUUGUAGUAAGAGAUAAUUAUAAAGAAGAUGGCAAAAUUUGAGAGGACAGCAGCCGCUCCAUUGCUCGCCCUAAACUUUGUCUUGUACGUCGUUCUCUUGGGUUUCGCCAGUUGGUGUCUUAAUAGAUACAUCGACGGUGCUAAUCAUCAUUUGGGAGGAAAUGGAGCCACAGUUCUGUUGCUGACCUUUGCAAUCUUGGCGGCUGUUGUUGGUAUAGCGGCCAAAGUCGCAGCAGGGAACCAUGCCAGGACGUGGAAGGCGGAGCAUAUAUCGGCAGCGGUGGCCACUGAGCUAGUCGCAUGGGCCAUAACAGCCCUGGCCUUUGGGUUUGCUUGCAAGGAAAUCCACAUAGGAGGGCACAGGGGUUGGAGACUCAAAGUAGUUGAAGCCUUUACCAUUAUUUUGACAUUCACCCAACUCCUAUACCUCCUCUUCAUCCAUGCUCUUGAUUGAUUGGGACUCAUUAUUUCUUUUUUUUUUCUCUCGUUCUUUGUUUUAAAUUAUCGAUUUGUUCUCCUCAUGCAUGAGUAAUGAUUCAAUUGAGGGAUUGGUGGUGAUUGUCCAGUGAUACUAUAUACAUAUAUGUAGUAUGUAGUAGCAUUAGGACUUGUUAAAGCUUUGUUUGGUAGUG